AUGACCACCUCCAACGAUACCGAUACGACCCACACGGCUCCUUCAUAUCCGGAAGAAGACACUCGCCCGACAUCCAAGAAGGAACUCCUUGGUUUCUACGCCUACUCCUUCGCCGCCGAAGUCUUUGUCGUCUGCGGAGUCGGAGCCUUCAUUCCCAUCACCCUUGAAGAACUCGCUCGAGCAUCACCGUCCGCGGUCCUGGCACUCGACCGCUCGAAGCCAUGCCUUGCUACGAAUGGUAUCAACGAUGACUCCCGCAAAGGUGCUCAAUGUGUCUUCGAAUUACCGGGAGGCCUCGUGAUCAACACAGCCUCGUUCGCCAUGUACACCUUUUCCAUCAGCGUCUUCAUUCAGGCCUUACUCGUUGUCACCAUGUCGGGGGCCGCGGAUCAUGGGAGCUAUAGGAAGUCCUUGAUGAUCGGAUUUGCUGUGACAGGAUCCGUCGCCACUAUGCUUUAUCUUCCAAUCACUCCGAGUCUGUAUUUGCUUGGUGCUCUUUGGGCCAUCAUCGGCAAUGUCUGCUUCGGUGCGAGCUUUGUGCUGUUGAAUUCGUUCUUGCCAUUAUUAGUGAGGUGGCAUCCUGAUGCGAGAGAGUUAAAAAUGACAUGGUCACAGGACCAAGGCUACAGCGAGCAGAAACCACAUCCACGCUCACCCGCCAUGCAACUCUCCACCCGCAUCUCCUCCUACGGCAUCGGGAUUGGAUACAUCGCCGCCGUCUGCGUUCAACUCUUCUCCCUCCUUCUCCUCUCAACCCCCGCUCUCACCCCUCUCUUCGCCCUCCGACUAGUCCUCUGCACAAUCGGCCUCUGGUGGCUCCUCUUCACUGUCCCGGCCGCUCUCUUCCUCCGUCCGCGCCCCGGCCCACCCCUUCCUUCGACUCAAACUCGCUCACGCCUCCACGACCUCCUCAACUACAUCGCCUACUCCUGGCGCUCCCUGCUCGCCACCCUCUCCCACGCUCGCCGCUUACGGGACAUCCUCACCUUCUUGACAGCCUGGUUCUUCCUCUCGGACGCCAUCGCCACCAUCUCUAGCACAGCUAUCCUCUUCGCCAAAACCACUCUCGCCAUGUCUCCUUCCUCCCUCGCCCUGAUUAACCUCACCGUCACGCUCUCCGGUAUUUUCGCCGCGUUCACCUGGCCUCACGUAUCCCGCUACUUUCAGUGGACACCUCUCCAAACGAUCCUCAUCUGCACCGCGUUGUUCGAAUUGAUACCCCUCUACGGCCUGCUGGGAUACAUACCUUUCCUCCGCAACAUUGGCGUUUUCGGACUACAACAGCAGUGGGAGAUGUUUCCGCUUAGCGUCGUUUAUGGAGUUGUGAUGGGAGGACUGUCGUCUUACUGCCGGAGUCUGUUCGCGGACUUGAUACCCGUGGGACGGGAGGCACAGUUCUUUGCGUUGUAUGCAAUUACGGAUAAGGGGAGCUCAGUCGUUGGUCCAGCGGUCGUGGGGUGGAUUGUGGGCAGGUUUGGAGAGAUAAGACCGGCGUUUGGAUUUUUGUCAAUCGUUGUGGCCGUGGGUGGAGGGAUUAUGUGGAAGGUUGACGUCGAACGUGGUCGAAAGGAAGGGAAAAGUUUGGAAGAGGAGGGAGGGGAUCUGUCGAGAUGA